AUGCCCAACAUCAGCUCAGUGAGUGAGUUCCUCCUGCUGGCAUUCGCAGACACGCGCGAGCUGCAGCUCCUGCACUUCGCGCUCUUCCUGGGCAUCUACCUGGCUGCCCUCCUGGGCAACGGCCUCAUCCUCACUGCCGUAGCCUGCCACCACCGACUGCACACCCCCAUGUACUUCUUCCUCCUCAACCUCGCCCUCCUCGACCUGGGCUGCAUCUCCACCACUCUGCCCAAAGCCAUGGCCAAUGCCCUCUGGGACACCAGGGCCAUCUCCUAUCAAGGAUGUGCUGCUCAGGUCUUUCUCUUUGUCUUCUUUAUCACAGCAGAGUAUUGCAUUCUCACCGUCAUGGCCUAUGACCGCUAUGUUGCCAUCUGCAAGCCCCUGCACUACGGGAGCCUCCUGUGCAGCAGAGCUUGUGCCCAGAUGGCAGCAGCUGCCUGGGGCAGUGGCUUUCUCAAUGCUGCUCUGCACACAGACAACACAUUUUCCCUGCCCCUCUGCCGAGGCAAUGCUGUGGACCAGUUCUUCUGUGAGAUCCCCCAGAUCCUCAAGCUCUCCUGCUCAGAGGCCUACCUCAGGAAAGUGGGUGCACUUCUUUUUAGUUUGACUUUAACAUUUGGUUGUUUUAUUUUCAUUGUGAUGUCCUAUGUGCAGAUCUUCAGGGCAGUGCUGAGGAUACCUUCUGAACAGGGCCGGCACAAAGCCUUUUCCACGUGCCUCCCUCACCUGGCCGUGGUCUCUCUGUUUGUCAGCACUGUCCUGUUUACCUACCUGAAGCCCCCCUCCAUCUCCUCGCCAUCCUUGGACCUGGUGAUGGCAGUUCUAUAUUCGAUGGUGCCUCCAGUAUUGAAUCCUCUCGUCUACAGUAUGAGGAAUCAGGAGCUCAAGGAAGCUUUGUGGAAAUUGAUGUUUAGACGUGUUGCAGGAGAAUAA